AGUUAUCUUUUGUAGUGUUUAGCUAGUUUAUUAAUAACUUGGGUACAUACACGUCAUUAUAUAACGAAUGUUUCUUUAGUGAAUAUGUAUUGUUGCUCAAGUUAGCUAGCUAGCCUAAAGGCUAGCCUAACUAGCUAACCAAGGCGCUUAGGUACAGUAAGCGACGUUUACUAACCAGUGUGAUUAGCCUACCAUUUAGAUAGUUAGCUAACGUGUGUGUUAGUGUAGAUGUCAAACAUGAUUAAACACUCUUCGUUUAUUGUUAAUUAGGGAUCAUGUCAAGACCGUUAACUGACUACUCUACAGGACUCACACUUCCCUCUGUUUCCCUGCCCUGACUUAUACAUUGCAUUGGCCGAGUUAGCUGAUACUAGGUAGCCUAGGUGGGAGUAGAAAGACUGAUGCUGUAGAUUCGUGGCCGAUAUAUAGAGAAGAUAGAAGAUGCUUCGCAGGAAGCCCACCCGCCUGGAGCUAAAGCUGGACGACACGGAGGAGUUUGAGAGUGUCAAGAAAGAGCUGGAGAGCCGAAAAAAACAAAAAGACGAGGUAGAUGUUGUCGGGGUUGCUACGUCCAGCGAGAUGGCAGGAGCGACGGGCGGAGGGGACAUGAAGUCAAGGGAGCAGAUGAUUCACGAACGCAUCGGCUAUAAACCCCACCCAAAACCCAACACCUUGCCGUCUCUGUUUGGAAACCUGCAGUUUUAAAUCCAUCCAUUCAGGGAUCUAAAUGGAUAAAACCAGGAGACAAAAACUCAUGUUUGCCAGCAUUGGCUUGAGUGCCACAUCAUGGCAUGGAUACUCUGACUUCUGUUCUGACCCUCUUUAGUCCCUUAUUGAAUUAGGGUCUUGUUUUAACGCCAGAUAACUCAUCUGUGAAUCAUCAGCAAAGUGAGGAUUAGGCUACCUUUCUGUGGCCAGAACACACACCAUGUGAAAAAGUUGUCUGUGUGAAAUGCUUUGCUGUGUGGUGAAAUUAUUUUCGUACUGAAUGGUAUUUUGUACAAUACACUUUUGUUUGAUGG